AUGUCUCCAUAUAAAAUUAAAAGAUUCAUUGAUACUAGUACAUUAUCAACAUUAUCUUCUUCAACAAUAAUAUCACAAACACCAUCGACAACCUCUUCAUUAACAUCAACAACUCCGCAAUCAACAUUACAAUUAACAGAUCCGAUAGACAUUACAAAAGAAGUCUUAAAACCGUGGUUAAUACCAAUCGUAUUAGUG